AUGGAUAUCAGACUCCUGCGCUCCUCUGAUAUUCCACAUGUUCAACAUGCCAACAUCACGAAUCUUCCCGAAAACUAUUUCAUGAAAUACUAUCUCUACCAUGCACUCUCCUGGCCCCAACUCUCCUUCGUCGCAGUCGACGUUUCGCGGCCCCAGAAAACCCCCUACGAUUACCCGCGCAUCGUCGGCUAUGUUCUUGCGAAAAUGGAAGAAGAUCCUGCGGAUGGCGUGCAGCAUGGUCAUAUCACUAGUCUGAGUGUGAUGCGCACGCAUCGACGUCUGGGGAUUGCGGAGAAAUUGAUGAGGCAGAGUCAAAAAGCAAUGGUCGAAACCUUCUCCGCCCAAUACGUCUCCCUACACGUGCGCGUCUCUAACCAAGCCGCCCUCCGUCUCUACCGCGAUACCCUCGGUUUCCAGACCGAAAAAAUCGAAGCAAAAUACUACGCCGAUGGUGAAGAUGCCUAUUCUAUGAACUUGGAUCUGUCAUACAUCCGCGAGCAGAUACUCGAUGAGGAGGAAGGAGAUGAAGGAGAGCCUGUGGGAAGCGCAGGAAGUGCAAAAGAUGUAAAGGCGAUUGAGGAGGGGAAGGAUGGCGAAGCGGCAGAGAAAAAAAGGAAGGUUAAGGUGGGGAGGGGAUUGGGAGUGGGAGAAUUGGUGGAGAAGAAUGAGGCGUUGCCUAUUAGGGAGGUGAAGUGA